GUCACAUCUCCUUUUCUUUCACCGGCUGGUACCAAUUGAUAUAAGUAUUCUGCGGGACCUACGAUUAGAGGACCGAAUCCUUGCAUGCGUCCACCUUCGCCUCAAUGCCGCGCUGGCUAGCCGGCUCUGCUCAUGGCCCUCGCAUACCGUACAAUAAGUGAAGACUGCCGCCUGAUCCCCCCGUCCUCUGCCUGUGAGCGGGAUUGCAUCGAGGUCGCCGAGAGUGCAGCUGCUCUAAAAGGAAAUACGAAAACCUUGAAGGAUGGAGCGCCUCGGGUGGCUUAGCUGCAAGGGGUGUUGAGCAUGGGUGGACGGUACGGGUCUGUAUGCUGACACAUUUGGCACUGCUCGUCAGCCUCCAAUGAACAUCGUUGGGUGAACGCCGGACUGGCGACGAGGGCAGAUCCUACGGGCCUCUUGAACUCACUCGCUCAAUCAAUCAACGACGACAGCCUAUGCGCCAGCUCAUCAACGUGAAUGGUGGCUUCAUCUCUAGUUAUCUGUUCGUCCGACUCAUCUUUGCUCUCUCUCUCUCUCACCCGCUCAUACUCACGAGUUCCCGUAAAACGGGGCCUGGACCGAACGGACGCGGAAAUGGAUGGUCAGUCGAGCAUUUCACUUAGACGAGGAAGAUGCGAGCGGGAAGCCCCGGCGACCGUGGCCUUCAAGUCACCUUCGCUCCAGGCCACAGGUGCCUAACACCAAACCAGACUCACUAUCGGCGGUCCUGUUCAGACGACUCCAGCGGAAAGCGUCGCCUAAUGGCAUCGAGCAGAAGAUUCCGGCCGUCUACCGUUAUUCACUCUUCAAUCCCAUUCUCUUAUGAACAUGCUUCUACUCUUUACCAAUAACCUCCUAGUCCUCUUCUUGUGUAAGGUCUUAGUUACCGGCCCUAUACUAGUUUUGGGGUUUACCGGAGCUCGCCGAUCUGUCAACGAGACGUUCUUGCUAGAGUGUCAUCAACGAGGUCAGCUGGAGUCAUCUUCUGUAUGAUGAAUCACCCAACCAAGUUCGCCACCGGCAAGCGUAUCCGUUCAUGGGACAAUCCCCCCUCUUGCUCCCUUUACGCCAAUGAAGACCAACGCAAAAUCACACUUUGACCAGCUCCCGGGCGCGCACGCACCCUCGGCCCGCAAGGCGCAAUCUCGGUGGGGCAUCUUGACUGCCGUAGCAACUGUCGGGCUUCUUCUCCUGUGGUGCAAGCCAAGCAGCCUGCUACUGCCGCCUACGCAUCCAUCUGCGGCGUUCCCACUCUCCACUCGUCUCGACCAGUGCCCGCAAGCCCAGCCCCUGGUCCCUACAAUGCAUGUCAAUCUGUGGACGACACUCAUCGCACUGCAUCACACCGACGCGUUCCGACUUCGGGCCGUUCAAGGACUGGGCGCGGCUGUGCGGAUUCCGACGGAGACGUUCGACGCGAUGGGCCCAGUGGGCGAGGACCCAAGAUGGUUGUCUCGCGCGCCUUUCCAGGUCCACCUCGAAACGGCAUACCCAAAAACACACGCGGCACUCUCACUCCAGCGAGUGAAUACUUAUGGAUUGGUGUACACCUGGAAGGGUUCGGACCCCAGUUUGAAGCCGUUGCUGCUUAUGGGACAUUACGACGUCGUUCCGGUUGCUCCAUUGAGUGUUGAUCAAUGGACGCACCCAGCGUACUCAGGCUACUUCGACGGUAAAUCUGUCUGGGGAAGGGGUAGCUCGGACGAUAAGAGCGGCGUCAUCGGCAUCAUGACCACCAUAGAAACCUUACUCGAGCACGGGUUUGUGCCUAGACGCUCAAUCGUACUUUCGUUUGGCUUUGACGAGGAGGGCGGUGGUUUUCAUGUAGGCAGCCCGUCGCAGUGGGGCAUCGUCGUCUUAUACCUCGUCCAGGGCGCAGGGCAUCUCGGUCCAGCUCUAUUGGAGCUCUACGGCCCGGACUCUUUUGCGAUGAUCGUCGAUGAAGGGUCCGGCUUCAGCGAUCAGUAUGGCUCCAUAUUCGCUGUUCCCGGGGUCGCCGAGAAAGGCUUCGUCACUGUCGAACUGGAAGUCAAAACCCCUGGUGGUCAUUCAAGCGUACCACCUGAACACACGAGCAUCGGCAUCCUCGCUGCGCUCAUCGUUGAAUUGGAAAGCAAUCCACCUGCGGCCAAGUUCGAGACAGACAGCACAUUCUUUGACAUGACGGUGUGCUAUGCUUCCCACGGACCCGACAUCGACACCGGCUUGCGAGCGGCAAUCCUGGCGUCGCCCCGCAACGAAUCUGCCCGUGCAGAAGCGGAACGGAUCCUGUCCAAGGACAAGACCUUCCGGUCGCUAUUUGGGACAACGCAGGCGGUGGUUAUCGUGAAUGGAGGUGUGAAGAGCAAUGCCCUACCAGAGCAGGCUGCCGUGAGUGGACGAUUUUGCUAGGGUUAUUAGAGAGUGGUCUAGGGUCGAUUCCCUAGGCCAGACCUAAC